AUGAGCUUGGAGACGGUGCAUCAGGAGUUUGAACAAAUUGACACCAAUCACUACGGCUUCAUUACACGCGCCGACCUAGAGGCGUAUGCACGAAGGACACAUCAGAAUGAUGACUUUGUUGAAAAAUGGUUUCAAUGGUUUGAAGGAGAACACAAAGGCAUAAUAACGAUGGACGAUGUCUGCACAACACUUGGAAUUCCAAUGCGAGAGGAGUACAGGCAAAAAGUAGAUAAGAAAAGACAGAUGAUAUCCCAAGGCCUAAUUUCAGCGCCACCUGAAGCAUCUCUAGUUUUUGCCGCGCCUCCUGUGUCUUCAUCAACAACAUCUGCGCAGAAGUCUUCAAUGGAAGGAGUUGAC